UAAACAGAUUGCCUCUCAUUCCGUUCGUUGCUGGUUGGUUGAUCGUUCCGUUCGCUCGCUCUGCCCUGUCAGUCACAUUCGCCGGCUACCUACAAAGAAAAAAACACAAAUUUAAAUAAAAUAAAAGAAUAUUUUUAUCUUUCUCCAUCGAGUUUGAGAUCAAAUAAAAUAUUUCUAAUCAAAUUAAAAUUACCUAAACCUUCCUUAAUCGAACAAACUCAACGAAACAAAAAGCAAAAAUAAAGGAUAAUACUAAUUUUUGCAAAUUAUCAUAAACUAAACAUUGAACAUAAUAAAUUAAACAUUUUGCAUGAUAAGUAUACAACAUUUAAAAAUACUUGUUAAAAAUAAGCAACAAUAAAGUAGUGAGCAACGUUAUAAAAUAAAUAAUAAACAGAAUCAUAAAAUACGAAAAAUUUAAACAUAAGAUUUAAAAAACCAAGGAUAUACAAUUUCGAAACUGGAAACUCGUCAUUUUUGGUGAAUUGGUUGGUAACAGUGCAUCGCGAGAUUCCUUGAAAAUUUGAAGAAAAAUUCCUUAAAAAGGAAGUGGGUGCUUCUUUCUGCUCGUUGGUCAAAUUACUUUCUCCUUGUGUGCUUUUGAUUUGCUUUGAACUGCAACAACAAAUUAAGUAAUAAAAAGUACCGAUAUAAGUUCUUUUUUUUUUUUUUUUGAAAAUAUGCAGAAGCAGAUUCCAGCUGUUUUCUGCUGAGUUGUAAGUUUUUUCCUGUUCUGUUUCUGUGCGUUUUUGUUUUUCAUCUUCUCGUGAAUAAUCUCUCGUUUAGUGUGACAUCAGUUUUGUUGGUAAAGUUGAAAGGAAUCUUUUUUGUUUUUUUAGUGAAUACGACUCUCGUCGGGAGUGAGUGUGUUGGCAAAUAGAAUCAAACAACAACAAAAACAAAAUAAAAAGCUUCUUUUUUAACUGUUAAUCGUGAUUUCGUUCGUUUGCGUCGCUUUGCUCCUACUACCUAACCUACUCCUAUCUGCUCACGGACUUAAGAAAGAAGGCAGACCGCAGAGCUAGCUCGAUUCCGACUCCGACUCCACAUUCCUGUCCCUUGUUGUCAUCGUUUUUUAAUUCAUCAAUUCUAAAUUUUUCAAGUUUUUUUUUACUUUCGCGUAUAUAGUGUGUGUAGAAAGGAAACAAGAAGUCUUAAAAUAUAUAAAAAGAGAAAUAUGGACCUUUUGUGCACGGAAAAAGUCCUUUUAAAUGACACCGAUGUCUUGUUAAAUAGUUACAAUGUUCAAACUAACGGUUAUGCAGCCUCUGUUACAACAGGUGGAGUUGGUGGCGGUGGCGGUGGAGGCGGUGGUGGUUAUGCUAGUGCUGAUGCCGGUGAUUUAACAACAACAACAACAACUAACUCAUACGCAUCAGCAGCAGCCAAUUACACUCAUCAAUUGUUGAUUAGUAAAAAUUUGGAACAAGUUAAUACAGCUGUUGAAGAUCCGGUAUUUUUGAGUGAUCGUUGUCUUGAGAAUGCCUUGAAGGCCGAAGACAAACAUCCAACAGUUUGUUCAUAUUUUAAAACCGUACAAAAGGAUAUUACACCGCCAAUGAGAAAAAUUGUUGCUGAAUGGAUGAUGGAGGUUUGCGCCGAACAAAAAUGCCAAGAAGAAGUCGUUCUACUUGCACUUAUUUAUAUGGACAGAUUUUUAUCAACAAAAUCAGUUUUAAAAAAUCACCUACAAAUUUUAGCUGCUGCCUGCCUUUUAUUAGCAUCAAAAUUACGUGAACCAAGUUGUCGAGCGUUGACAGCUGAUUUAUUAGUAUACUAUACUGAUAAUAGUAUAAUUAAACAUGAUUUAAUCCAAUGGGAACUGUACGUGUUGAGUCGACUAAAAUGGGAUCUAUCAUCAGUGACACCAUUAGAUUUUCUAGAAUUACUAUUAAUCCGCCUGCCAAUUAGAAGUAACAAAUGUCCUGAUUUAAAUGUUGAAAAAGUAAGACAGCAUGCCCAAGCAUUUAUAUCAUUAGCCGCCAAAGAGCAUUAUUUUUCAAUUUAUUCUGCAAGUACCAUUGCUGCAUCGAGUAUUGCAGCUGCAUUAAGUGGCCUUAAUUGGCAUUUGAGAACUGGAAAGAAUCUGCGUUAUUUAUUAAAUCAAUUGACAGAUUUAACAAGUGUCGAACAGGACUACCUCCAAGAUUGCAUGAGUCGAAUGGAACAAAUCUUCGAGGAGCAUAGUCGCAACCUGACACCCUACAUCGUUACCAUGGAUGCUCAACAGCAUCAGCAUCAUCAUUCAAUGAAUGGUAACAAUAAUAGUUCUUCCAUUUUACCUGAUUUAACACAAACUUGCAAAAUGCAAGCUAAUAAUCAAAAAGAUAUUCAUGAUAUAAAAUUUUAAAAUUUAUUUUUCUUAAACAACAACAAAAAAAAAACAUAAACAAAAAACCCCAACGCACACAUCCAUAUACCUGCUGAAUCAACAUAAAUUCAUAAACAAACAAAAAUUUAAUUACACUACACCAACAUUUUAUGUAAUAUUAUAUAAUAAUCUACCUUCAAGAAACUGUAGCAAAUGAUUAUUUCGGAAAUGAUUUAAAAAACAAAAAUCAUCGUCUCAUAUAAAAUUAUUUUCAAAACAAAAACUAAAGACAUAACAAAAACAAAAACGUAAAAAAAUUACAAAGUUACAAUUGUUAAUUUUAUAUUACUAAUUUUUGUUUUAUUCGUUGGAAACAUAAAACAAAACAAAAAAUGAAAUCGUUUAAAUAGUUUUAACAACAAAAAUGAAGCAUUUAAGUUUUUCUUAUUUUAAAUUCUAUUUUACACACAAAUUGUUUUGUUUAUAUUGAACAUAAAAAGAAAACAUAUUAUAACCACAUAAUUUUUAUUUUUCGAAACUUAUGUUAAAUUUAAAGUUUAUAACGUUUUGUUGGUGCUCAAACUUAUAUAUGUAUAUUAUAUAUAGAUUUUAUUUUAUACGCGUUUAUUAAUUAUAUUGAGAAAAAAUAUAUAAGAAAAAAGUUACAACCUUAUUAAAAAUGAAAUCAUUUAACAUACAACAAAAAAAAAAGAAAAAAAAAUUAACAAACAUUUUCCAUGUUUUUUUUGGAAAACAAAAACAAUAAUAACAAUAUUGAAUAUAUAUUUUUUAGAAGUUUUUUCUAUAUACUUUAAAAAAUGUUAAAAAAAAUAAUAAGAAUUUUUACUUAGUUUUAUUUUGAAUGUAUAUAAAUAAUAUAUAUUGUAUUUUUAUAUAUACAUAUCUAUAAAAUUAAAAAAAUAAAAACACAAACAUUGUUCUAGUUACUAAAAAAGAAUUAGUAACACACGCAUAAUAAAUUGAAUUGAAAUAUUAUAUAUGUUUAAAUCCUAUAAAGUGUAAAAUUUAAUAAAAACUUAAAAAAUGCGAGAGGUAAAAGUCAACACAAAAACAAUUUAAUAACUUUGAAUUUUCUUUUAAUUUUAGUAAAAUAAUAGAAUUAUAAGAAUUAUUUCUUUUAUAAAACAUUUGUUUGUUUGUUUGUGAAAUAAAUAAAUCAUUUAACCAGAAAAACAAAAAACACGAAACAAAAUCCAAACGCAACGCAACAUUUAAAUUUUUAUAUUAAAAUGUGAUUUACAGAUUUUCUUUUGUUUGAUAACUUAAAAAAGAAAAAAAAAAAAACAAAAUAAUCUUUCGAAAACUUAAAAAAAUCAUUUGAAUUUUAGUUUUGAAAAAAAAAGCAAAAACAAUUUACAAUUAAUAGACUGAAAAUUUCACACGCUUACCUAUUACUACUAUACUACUAUCUUCUACCAUUUACUACUAAAUAAUUAAACAACAACAAAAAAAUUAUAUAUUUUUUUGAUAUUUUACGUAUUUAAAAAUAUAAACAUAUUUUUCUUUCUUUUUGUUUAUUAAAAAAAAAUUAAAUACUAUAUAAAUGUAUGUUAUUAAAAAUGCGGAUACAGAGUUUAAAUAAAACAAUAAUUUGUUUUUUGUAUGCAAAUAAAUAAAUUAAAAAUAUGUAACAACCAAAAUAAACAUAGAGCUAAAUAAAUAGAAUAAAAUUACAAAACAACAAAACAAUAGACUAUCAAAAUAUAUUUAUACAAAAAUAGUAAACAUAAAAAGCAAAACAAUAACUUAUUUAUUUAAGGUACCUACUACAUGCAUUUAAUUGAAUUUUUAAAUAUUAUUUUUCUUUAUUAUUUUACAUAAAAACUGCUAUACAAAAAAUAUAAGUGAGUUUAAAAAAAAGUUAAAUUUAAAGCUAAAACCAAUCUUUUUCAUCGUAUGUAUUUUUGUCAACCGGUUUUGAAACCUUGCACUUGCACAUAAUUCUGUCUUUUAUAAUUUUGAACUCUUUUGAACUUCCAACAGUUGUCCGAUUUUGGCCAAAAUACUUACGAAAAAUAAUUCUAUCGUAAUUAAGUUUCCUUUUUAUGAAUGAAAUUUGGCGAAUUUAUAUUUUCAUUAUUCAAUUCUUGAAAAAAAACUUAUGAAAAAACAAAAAAUAAUUCUUGUUCCAACUCUCACUUAUUUUUUCUGUUAAUGAUUCUCUUAAAACAAAAAAACAUUACAAAAACAUUUUUGAAUAAUAAUAUUUUUGCUAAGACCGUACCUUUAUUUUUAUAAACAAAAAGUUUUGUAAAUUAUAAAAUUUAAAAAUAUUUGCAUGAGAAUAAACAAAUAAAACAAAAAUCAUUCAUGUAUCUGAAAAAACAACAAAAAUAAAAUGUGUAUAUUAUUUUUUGUCUUUGUAUUUAAUUUAAAUCUAAUUGCAUGUAUAUUUAAGUUUUAAGUUUAUAAUAUAUUUUCCUGUUGCUUAUAAUAAAAAUAAUUAUAAUUAUUAUUAUUUAAUUAUUACAUUAUUUUCCAAUUAAGUUUAGUUUGCAUGCAAUUAGUUAAAAAAAAAAACACAAAAAAAAACAUUAAAAUCUCAAUUAAAUAAACAAAAAAAGAAAGAAAAACAAACUUGAUAUAAAGAAUAAUAAAAAUAAAAAGAAAAAUUUAUGGAACUUGAAUUCCUCGCUAAUUAAAAAUUAAACAACAAAAUAAUCUUAUAUAAAAUGACUGCAUGAAAGCCCCGAUAAAAAUGAAUUAAAACUAAAAAUAUUUAAACAACUUUUUAAAUAUUUAAAAUUUAAAAAAAAAUUACUUAAAAAUAAAAUAAAACAAAAAUAAAUGCAAUCCUGUACAUCAAGGGGAAGGCAUUUCCUUACGCUUUACAAAAAUAUACAAAAACAAAAUAGAGCAAGGGUUUUAAGAAGAAAAUUUGAAAAUUUACUAACCCUUCUCAAAAACAUUUAAGUCACAAAACGUGUUGCAUUUGAGUGUUAGAUAAAAAAAUUAUUUAAUUUAAAAACUAAAAUGAGACUAAAGGAUCUGUAAAAGACCUCGCUUUAAUUUUUUUUAUAAUUAAUAAAUACCAAUAUUUAUUUAAACAAAUUUAUUGCCUUAAACAGUUUCACUGGUAUUUAAUUAUUGCAAAUAACACACUACUACAUAGUCAUUCCUUAAAUAAAAAAAAAAAUAUAAUAUAAAUCCCAGCAGGAGUUUUGUUGCAAAAAGAAACAAAACCUCUUGCCAAUUUUAUAAACAAAAACCAAAGAACAUCCUUUCUUCUCAUAAAAAUAUAUAUAAACACACUCAAGUGCAACAUUUUUAAGAAAUUUUAUUUAUUGAAUUUAACAAAAAUAACAAAUAAAAAUCAGCUCAAAUUUUAAUGCCAGAUUGCUUUUAUUUGUUUAAACAAUUAAAGAACGAAACGAUAAAUAUUCGAAACCAAGAAAGAAUAUAUGGCUACAAAAUUCAAAACGAACUACAAUAAAUUUGAAAACGAAAUAUUAUUUAAUUUUUAUGUUUAACACAAAAAUAUGUCAAUGUAAAUCAGUAAAUAAAAACAAAAAUGUGAAACAUAAAAAAACUUGUAUAGUUGAAAAAUUGCAUAGUUUUUUUCUUUUUAAAUAAUUUCAAUUAAUAUGCAACAUAUCAAAUUAUUUCCUUAAUUAAAAAUAACUAAAAGAAAUAAAUGUAAAAUUUAAAUAAAAAGAAAACUAAUAUUGUUAAGAUUUUUAUUUUAUAAGAAAUUAUUAUUCAUUUAAAUAAAUCUUAUGAUGAUGAUUUAUUUUUUCCUGUAAAAACUUUUAGGUAUACACAAAAAUGAAAAAUAAAAAGAAUAAAUUAAAAAAUAUAAUUAUUCAUAAUACGCUUAUUCUUUACCAUCUUAACAAAAAAACAUAAAAAAACACACACUUGUACAUUAAUAAACAAAAAAAAAACGGUAAAAGAAAGUUAAAUCAUAUGAAACAAAAUAAUAAAAAAUAAAAUUGUAAUAAUAAAAUAUAAUACAAAAAAAAUAUGUGGUUAUGUGCGAGAAAAAAAAAAUUGAAUUGUUAAAAAUAACUAAAUUGUUUAUUUUUCUACUACUACUACUAUUAUUACAUAUGUAAAACUAUAUAUUUUUGUUUUAUUAUAACAUUAUAAUAAAUAUUAUUAUAAACUUGUAACAUGGAUUGUAAAAUUAUAAAUAAAUAUAAACAAAUAAUUUUUCUACUUAUUAUCUAGUUCAUAGAAUUACAACUAUUAUUAUUAUUAUUAAUAUUAUUACUAUAUUAUUAUUCAUUUAAUUAUUAUUAUUAUUUUUAACGAAGAAUGUAAAUGCAAAAAAAUAUAACGAAAAAAGCGAGAUGGACGACAGAGAGAAUGGAAUUAAAUGUGUAGAAAUCAGUUUAGCAUUGCAUUGACUAUUUUUAUUUUCUAUUUUUAUUUUAUAUAACUUCAGUUAUUAUAAUUUAGUAAACAAUAGUUAACUAAAAACGUAAAUAUAUAAACUACAAACAAAAACAAAAGAAAAUGAUGAAAAAAAUAUAAACACAAAAAAAAUAGAAACCAA